GAGAAGGGAAUUUCGUCCUAAAUAAAAGGAAUGAAGUCCGGUUCCGGAGGAGGGUCCCCGACCUCGCUGUGGGGGCUCCUGUUUCUCUCCGCCACGCUCUUGCUCUGGCCGACGAGUGGAGAAAUCUGUGGGCCGGGCAUCGACAUCCGCAACGACUAUCAACAGUUGAAGCGCCUGGAGAACUGCACGGUGAUUGAGGGCUACCUCCACAUACUGCUCAUCUCCAAGGCCGAGGACUACCGCAGCUACCGCUUCCCCAAGCUCACGGUCAUCACCGAAUACCUGCUGCUGUUCCGCGUGGCCGGCCUCGAGAGCCUUGGAGACCUCUUCCCCAACCUUACGGUCAUCCGUGGCUGGAAGCUCUUCUACAACUAUGCCCUGGUCAUCUUCGAGAUGACCAAUCUCAAGGAUAUUGGGCUUUACAACCUGAGGAACAUUACUCGGGGGGCCAUCAGGAUUGAGAAAAAUGCUGACCUGUGUUACCUCUCCACUGUGGACUGGUCCCUGAUCCUGGACGCGGUGUCCAAUAACUACAUUGUGGGGAACAAGCCCCCCAAGGAGUGUGGGGACCUGUGUCCAGGAGCCAUGGAAGAGAAGCCACUGUGCGAGAAGACCACCAUCAACAAUGAGUACAACUACCGCUGCUGGACCCCAAAUCACUGCCAGAAAAUGUGCCCGAGCACGUGCGGGAAGCGGGCGUGCACAGAGAACAACGAGUGCUGCCACUCUGAGUGCCUGGGCAGCUGCAGCACACCCGACAAUGACACGGCCUGCGUGGCCUGCCGCCACUACUAUCACGCCGGUGCCUGUGUGCCUAGCUGCCCGCCCAACACCUACAGGUUUGAGGGCUGGCGCUGUGUGGACCGCGACUUCUGUGCCAACAUCCCCAGUGCCGAGAGCAGCGACUCCGAGGGCUUUGUCAUCCACGACGGCGAAUGCAUGCAGGAGUGCCCCUCGGGCUUCAUCCGCAAUGGCAGCGAAAGCAUGUACUGCAUCCCUUGUGAAGGUCCUUGCCCCAAGGUCUGUGAGGAAGAAAAGAAAACAAAGACCAUUGAUUCUGUUACUUCUGCUCAAAUGCUCCAAGGAUGUACCAUCUUCAAGGGCAACUUGCUCAUUAAUAUCCGACGAGGCAAUAACAUUGCCUCGGAACUGGAGAACUUCAUGGGACUUAUUGAGGUGGUGACGGGCUACGUGAAGAUCCGCCAUUCCCACGCCUUGGUUUCCUUGUCCUUCCUAAAAAACCUUCGCCAGAUCUUAGGAGAGGAGCAACUGGAAGGGAAUUAUUCCUUCUAUGUCCUUGACAACCAGAACUUGCAGCAGCUGUGGGACUGGGACCACCACAACCUGACCAUCAAAGCUGGGAAAAUGUACUUUGCUUUCAAUCCCAAAUUGUGUGUUUCCGAAAUUUACCGCAUGGAGGAAGUGACGGGGACUAAAGGGCGCCAGAGCAAAGGGGACAUCAACACCAGGAAUAAUGGAGAAAGAGCCUCCUGUGAAAGUGACGUCCUGCACUUCACCUCCACCACCACGUGGAAGAAUCGCAUUAUCAUAACCUGGCACCGAUACCGGCCCCCUGACUACAGGGAUCUCAUCAGCUUCACCGUUUACUACAAGGAAGCACCCUUUAAAAAUGUCACAGAGUAUGAUGGACAGGAUGCCUGUGGCUCCAACAGCUGGAACAUGGUGGAUGUGGACCUCCCUUCCAACAAGGAUAUAGAACCUGGCAUUCUCCUGCACGGGCUGAAGCCCUGGACUCAGUAUGCCAUUUACGUCAAGGCUGUGACCCUCACUAUGGUGGAGAACGACCAUAUCCAUGGGGCCAAGAGUGAAAUCUUGUACAUUCGCACCAAUGCUUCAGUUCCUUCCAUUCCCCUGGACGUUCUUUCUGCGUCAAACUCCUCUUCUCAGUUAAUUGUGAAGUGGAACCCCCCCUCUCUGCCCAACGGUAACCUGAGCUAUUACAUCGUGAGAUGGCAGCAGCAGCCUCAGGAUGGCUACCUUUACCGGCACAAUUACUGCUCUAAAGACAAAAUCCCCAUCAGGAAGUACGCUGAUGGCACCAUUGACAUCGAAGAGGUGACAGAGAAUCCCAAGACUGAAGUGUGUGGUGGAGAGAAAGGGCCUUGUUGCGCUUGCCCCAAAACCGAAGCCGAGAAGCAGGCGGAGAAAGAGGAGGCUGAGUACCGCAAAGUCUUCGAGAAUUUCCUGCACAACUCCAUCUUCGUGCCCAGACCUGAAAGGAAGCGGAGAGAUGUCAUGCAAGUGGCCAACACCACCAUGUCCAGCCGAAGCAGGAACACCACGGUGGCAGAUGCCUACAAUAUUACAGACCCAGAAGAGCUAGAGACAGAGUACCCUUUCUUUGAGAGCAGAGUGGAUAACAAGGAGAGAACAAUCAUCUCUAACCUCCGGCCUUUUACCUUGUACCGCAUUGAUAUCCACAGCUGUAACCAUGAGGCUGAGAAGCUGGGCUGCAGCGCCUCCAACUUUGUCUUUGCAAGAACCAUGCCCGCGGAAGGAGCAGAUGACAUUCCUGGGCCAGUGACCUGGGAGCCAAGGCCUGAGAACUCCAUCUUCUUAAAGUGGCCAGAACCCGAGAAUCCCAAUGGAUUGAUUUUAAUGUAUGAAGUAAAGUAUGGAUCGCAAAUUGAGGAUCAGCGGGAAUGUGUGUCCAGGCAGGAAUACAGGAAGUAUGGAGGGGCCAAGCUUAACCGGCUAAACCCAGGGAACUAUACGGCCCGGAUUCAGGCCACCUCUCUCUCUGGGAAUGGAUCUUGGACGGACCCCGUGUUCUUCUAUGUCCCACCUAAGACAGCUUAUGAAAACUUCAUCCAUCUGAUCAUUGCUCUGCCCGUUGCCGUCCUGUUGAUCGUGGGAGGGUUGGUGAUAAUGUUGUACGUCUUCCACAGAAAGAGAAGUAACAGCAGACUGGGGAAUGGAGUGCUGUACGCCUCUGUGAACCCCGAGUACUUCAGCGCAGCCGAUGUGUACAUUCCUGACGAGUGGGAGGUGGCUCGAGAAAAGAUCACCAUGAGCCGAGAGCUUGGCCAGGGGUCGUUCGGGAUGGUCUAUGAAGGGGUUGCCAAGGGCGUGGUUAAAGAUGAACCCGAGACCAGGGUGGCUGUUAAAACUGUGAAUGAGGCUGCCAGCAUGCGCGAAAGGAUUGAGUUUCUCAACGAGGCUUCUGUGAUGAAGGAGUUCAAUUGUCACCAUGUGGUGCGCUUGCUGGGCGUGGUGUCCCAAGGCCAGCCAACGCUGGUCAUCAUGGAACUGAUGACCCGGGGGGAUCUCAAAAGUUAUCUCAGGUCUCUGAGGCCAGAAACGGAGAAUAAUCCAGUCCUAGCACCUCCAAGCCUAAGCAAGAUGAUCCAAAUGGCCGGAGAGAUUGCAGACGGCAUGGCAUACCUCAAUGCCAACAAGUUCGUCCACAGAGACCUCGCUGCCCGGAAUUGCAUGGUGGCUGAAGAUUUCACAGUCAAAAUUGGAGAUUUUGGAAUGACACGAGAUAUCUAUGAGACAGACUAUUACCGGAAAGGAGGGAAAGGGUUGCUGCCCGUGCGCUGGAUGUCCCCUGAGUCCCUUAAGGAUGGAGUCUUCACCACUCAUUCAGACGUCUGGUCCUUUGGAGUUGUCCUCUGGGAGAUUGCCACGCUGGCCGAGCAGCCAUACCAGGGCUUGUCCAAUGAGCAGGUCCUUCGCUUCGUCAUGGAGGGUGGCCUUCUGGACAAGCCGGACAACUGCCCCGACAUGCUAUUUGAGCUGAUGCGCAUGUGCUGGCAGUUCAACCCCAAGAUGAGGCCUGCCUUCUUGGAGAUCAUAAGCAGCAUCAAAGAUGAGAUGGAACCCAGCUUUCAGGAGGUCUCCUUCUACUACAGCGACGAGAACAAGCCACCCGAGCCAGAGGAGCUGGACCUGGAGCCGGAGAACAUGGAGAGCGUCCCCCUGGACCCUUCAGCCUCCUCGGCCUCCCUGCCGCUGCCUGACAGACACGCAGGACACAAGGCCGAGAACGGCCCGGGCCCUAGGAUGCUGGUCCUGCGUGCCAGCUUCGAUGAGAGACGGCCUUACGCACACAUGAACGGGGGCCGCAAGAAUGAGAGGGCCUUGCCGCUGCCCCAGUCUUCAACCUGCUGAUCCUCGGCUCCCAGAUCCCAUGCAAACAGUAACGUGUGUGCACACCGGCGGUGGGGUGGGGGGAGAGAAAGUUUCACAAUCUGUUCACAAGCCUCCUGUACCUCAGUGCAUCUUCAGAACUGCCAUUGCUGCCCGCGGGAGACGGCUUCUCUGCAGUAGACACAUUUGGGAUGUUCCUUUUUUCAGUAUGCAAGCAGCUUUUUAUUUCCCUGCCCAAACCCUUAACUGACGGCCUUUAAGAACCUUAAUGACAACACUUAAUAGCAACAGAACACUCGAUAAUCAAGUCUCCUCAAUCUCUCCCUGUCUCUUUCUCUCCUCUCUUCCCCAACACCUCUCUUUCCAUCUCCUUUCUCUCUCUUUCUGCUUCAUAAUGGGGGAAAAAAAAAAAAAAUGUUUGCCGCAAGCCCAGCCAGGAAGCCCUUUUUAUCAGAUUGAGGAAAUGGCUGUCCCUGUGCCCCCACGACCCCCUGUACACACCUUCCUGACACCACAGGUCUUUAUAAAGGAAAAAAAAAAAAAACACAUUGAGAUGGAAUUUUUUUAACUGUAUCUUUAACCUUUUUAGGGAUGUAUGAAAUUUAAAAAGGGCCAUCAUUCAUUCAAGGUUGUUACCAUUUUAACGCUGCCAAAUUUUGCCAAAAUCCUGAACUUUCUCCCUUACAACCCCUGCACUGGUUUUCUCACGUCCCAAGGCAUGGGUUGAGCAUGGUAUCGUUAUUCCAGUUAAGAGACAUGUUGGUGAUGCUCUCCACCCAGCUGUCCCCUGGUGUUCUUUUCAAGUCCCCAUUCACACAGGUCUCAUUGCUUUUGACUAGGUAAUUAUUUGGGGGAGCUGGACACAAUGGGACUUUCACUGAAGAUGGGAGGAGCUGGACUGGCUUCCCUGCCCCAAUUUCCGACCCCUACCCUGUAGCCCCAAGAAUUUGGGAGAAAGCAAGCCCUGAAAGAGCCCGAAAGACAGGCUUUGAGUCUAGGUGGUCCACACGGCAGUCUCCUCUCCCCAGCCCAGUGCCCCUCCCGACCCCCAAGGACACACAUGGGAAGGGGUUUGCAGGGACUCAGCCCAACUGCUUAUGCAGCAGGUUUGCAAAGAAAGAAAUUCAGAUAUCAUACCACAACAGUAAGAAGAAAAGCAGUAAAUGGAUUCAAGCAUUCUAAGCUUUGUUGACAUUUUCUCUGUUUCUAGGACUUCUUCAUGGGUCUUACAGUUCUAUGUUAGACCAUGAAACAUUUGCAUACACAUUGUCUUUAAUGUCACUUUUAUAACUUUUUUACAGUUCAGAUAUUCAUCUAUACGUCUGUACAGAAAGAAAAAAAAAAGCUGCUAUUUUUUUUCUUUAUCUUUGUGGAUUUAAUCUAUGAAAACUUUCAGGUCUAUCCUUCUUCCUCUUUGCUCACUCCAAGAAACUUCUUAUGCUUUGUACUAGAGUGCGUGACUUUCGUCCUCUUUUCCCAGUAAUUGAUACUUAUAUAACAUAAUUUUCCAUGAACUGUUUGAUGCCUUUUGAUAAAUACAUCCUCCCCUCCCUGCUCCCAGUGGCCCCACUAGUUGUUGUCUAACACAUAGGCUCUGUGGGCACAAGGCUGGUGAGGGACCGAGGCAGGAGGAAGGCCGGCCACGCCCCUCCCCUCAGCCGUGCUCCCACAGCACUGGAGUCUGUUACAGUGCAAGACAUGAUACAAACUCAGGUCAGAAAAAAGAAAAGGUUAAAUAUUUCGCACAUCCUUGUUCAGUGUUUAUAUUCACCAUUGUUGAAAGGCCUCACCUUCUCUCUCUUGUCUUUGUUUUGGUUGUGAUACACACACAUAUAUAUAUAUAUAUAUAUUUUUAAUUCUUGGGUACAACAGCAGUUUUAACUGCAGACACUAGGCAUUUGGAUUGCUUUUUUUAAAAUGGAUAUUUAUUCCUUUCAUCCCAUGAAAAACAGCUGCUGAGUCCAAGGGAGCAGCAGAGCGUGGUCCAGCAGGCCCCUCUGUGGCCUUCCACCACCACCCUCACCAGACCACCCUACCUGUCUUUAGAACCAGAACAGCCCAAGGGACCACCUGUGCGCUGGCAGGGAGUGGGACCCGGGAGCCCAGGGGCAGCAUCCUCAAGGGUGAUACAAGCCCACUGCCAGGUCUGCUGGCCAGAGUGCCAGGUCAGGGCAGGGCAGACACCCAGAGCCCCGUGCUCACUCCCAGGGGACCAGAGCCCUGGGCUGGCAGGCUUCUCCUCGGCCAGGAUUCCAAGUCCUUGGGGCCCGGGGGUCUUGUUUAGUUUAGUUUUUAGCACUUCUCACCAGAGUGACGACAGCACAGAAGGUGCUUCUGGGGUGGAAAUGUUUAAAUGAUGAGUGAGAACAAAGGUAAAAUCUGAUGACAAUUGCUAGUUCUGACUGGAGAUUAAACACAGAACAGAAAGUGUAGAGUGCUUUUUUGCUUGUCGGUAGUUUGUCUCACUAUUUUCUCUAGCCUCUGUCCCGUAGUGUUUUCCCUUUAAAAAAAAGAAAGAAAGCAAAAGGUUUUAUAUGUAGGAGUUUUCCUUUAAUUUAUUUUGUGAUAUCAGUUUCAGUCACUGUAGAGAAGCCCCAUUAUGAAUUUAAAUACUAAGGAAAGGGUUUUUGUGUGGGCGUAAGACGGGACAGUUUUUUUUUUUUUCCUUUCAAGCAUUUAUCUACCUCGUUCUUAUUUUUUGUGUGUGUAUAUAGAAAAACAAUACAUCUCACAUUUCUCAGCAUCCGACAAUAGGCCAUUGAUACUGGUAACCUCAUCCACGCCACAGGCCACACACCCAGGUGACGCCGGGAGAGGCCAGGCUGUAUUCCGGGGUCAAAGCAACACUAACUCCCUUUCCGCUCAUUUCAAACAGCUUGCCUUUUCUGAGAUGUCUCACUUCGUGUUGCUUUUGUUUUUUUCCCCUAACUUACUUUCCUAAAAAGUCGCAAGGCGUUAGUAUGUUUACCUCCCAGCCCAGCAGCCCCUUGAGGCCAAGGAGGGCACGCGAGCACAGCAGGGGGCCAGCUGGCUGAUCCUGGCUGGUGGUCUUUGGAACCAGCUACUUUAUGCAGAUUGAAUGACUAACACAUUUCUUCACUAAGAGAGCAGAUGUUCCCUAGGUUGUGAGGACAGCAAGGUGCAGAGGAUGGCAGACAGUGUCUCUGUGCAACACCCACGUGUGAAUGUGUGUGGUGUUUUACUCCUUGGACUGUUCCUCUUGCAGCCUGGCACAAGGCCUGUGCCAAGGCAGGGACAGGCCGCUGUCACUGCUGCUGCUGCGGUGGCAGCCAUCUGAAAGAAAGCUUGGGCCACCUGGCCUUCUCAGAAUGAAGAGCUUGCCGAAGCAUCAGCCCACCUGAGAUAGACUGUCCAUGGGAGCAUUGUCCCCUCCUCUCCAGACUACUCUUUCCACAUUGCCCCCCUCUCCUCCUCCCCAGGGACAAACAAACCCGCCACACCUUGGGCUGGCAAGGCCAGUGGUGGGCUCGAGCCUCCCCCGCGGCCUCCCGUCCUGCUGCUCACAGGGUGGACGGCGCUGCCUGCUUCCAGCAGCUGCUUGCACAGGCACUGUGAUUUUAGCUGAGAAGCGUGGCGGGUGGUUUUCCCCAAGUGUGGACAGCUCCUUUACAGUCACAGUACUGCAGUUAAGCUCGGAAGCCUUUGCCCUCCUGCAAGAAUACUGCCCUUCUCUCCCACAUCCCCAGGGACCUUUUGAUCAGGGUUUUCUUCUUCCAGGUUAUAGAUGACCCCUUGGAAUAAUGGCCUCUCCUCUCUUUUGCACAUACUUACCGGUUUCCACAACUGGAUUUCUACAGAUCAUUCAGCUGGUUAAACUGUCUGAGUCGUUGGUGUCGUUUUCUUUUGUUUUACGUAGGUGGUUUUUCUUUAGAAAGAAAACACUAACAGUGUAGUGCCCAUCAUAACAAAUGCUUCAGAAACACUUAAUAAAAGAAAAUUUUGCUUGUGUGAGGGUGCAGUCUUUAUACUGGACCAACCCACCCACCUCAACUCUACCAAGGCAUCAUCUAUCCACAGUUCUAGUCUAAUUUUAUGCUGAUUUACCCACCUCUUCUUGAUUUUUCUCUUUCGUUAUGUUCCAAAUAAUCUUAUCAAGCUGAGUUGUGGCAUUUUCCUUGCAAUCUCCUGACAGCAGCUCGCAUUGCUUGAAGUAACGUGAACCACUGAGGCACAUCACUGAGCUGAUGUGAGCAUUAAGACAUUCUCACACACAGCCCUUCCCUGAGGCAGCAGGAACUGGGGUGUUCUGGAGAUGUUGAACUUAAGCUGUGUGAGGCCCAGACCAUCACCCGUCUCCAUUAUGGGAUGUCGUGACGUUUGACAUGCAGUUGGAGUGAGCUUCCUCCUUGGAAGAUAGAAGACGGUGUUUGUGGCCAACACGGGCCUCUCCUUACAGCCUGUUUCUUAAGACUCAAACCACCUUUCAAUGGUAGGAAAAGUGGCUUUGCAAACUAGGAGAGACGUUAUUGUGAGCUACCAAGUGGAAAAUGCUUGGUACGGAGUGGCGUGUUUGGGUUGGGAUGACAGAUCUACGAGCCAAGUAUGCUAUCAAACUAGACCAGUUUGUUCCACCAAAGCCUCUCUCAGCAGCCCCCCUGUGUUGGCAGGUGGCUGUUGUGGCAAAGUCACACUGGGCUCAGGUGGGUGAGCAGACUAGGAUGCUCGUCCAAGGUCCUCAGCCGUCACUGCUGGGUCCUCCCAGGGCUGCCAGACAGUGCUGAAGACAACUCCUUUCCCAAACAUAGGCAUCCUCCAGGUGACAGUAGCACUUGAUGGUAUGCCUUGACCCACUCCAGCAGUCCCAGUAAUGCAUUUAAGGUUUGGGGUUUGUUCUUUUGUUAAUGUUACUAUUAAUGUUUGUCACCUGUCUUUUCAUUUCCUGGGCUAAGCAGUGUUGGGAGACAUGGCCCAGAGAUCCACUUCUUAAGAACCAGUGAUGAAAGCUGAACUUUCUUAUUCCACUUUGGAGUAGUUGGUGGUACAAAUGAGAACCUUAAGAGAGGAUGUUAUUAAACUGAACCUCUGUUGCCAGAGAUGCUGAAGAUACAGAGCUUGGACAGGCUGGAGGUUUUGGUUUUUGGCCUCCAACUUAGGUGACUAGUGGAAUGACCAGGCAGCAGGAAAGCACUGUGACAAGGACAGCGACACAAAGAGAAGACCUGCAGGUGGAAGGGGGUGGGGCUUGAAGACGCGUAGGCCGUGUUUUGAACUUGAUGGUUUCUGAAGGUAUCAGACCACAUGAAGGCUCGACAGUCAUCCGUGGGCAUUUGGUUUCAGCAAACAAACCUAACAUCCUACUCUAGAAACUUAUCUAAGAGUUCAGUCACGUUGUUGAAGAUCUCGAACUAUAUCGCACUCCUCAGUUGACUUGUCAGUUCUGGGGCAUGACUUUAGAGUUUUAUUUUGUUAAUGCAAGAUAAUGAUAAUCACUCAUUUAUAUGUCCACGUGUGUGUCCGCAUCUUUCUGGUAAACAUUGUUUUAAUUAGUCAUUCAUUAGCAUUUUCAAUAGGGCUCCUGAGUCCAGUAGAUUACGGGUAGUCAGUUGACGAAGAUCUGGUUUACAAGAACUAAUUAAAUGUUUCAUUGCAUUUUUGUAAGAACAGAAUAAUUUUAUAAAAUGUUUGUAGUUUGUAAUUGCCGAAAAUAAUUUAAAGGCACUUUUUUUCUCUGUGUGUGCAAAUGUGUGUUUGUGAUCCAUUUUUAUUUUAGGACACCUGUUUACUAGCUAGCUUUACAAUAUGCCAAAAAAGGAUUUUUCCCUAAGCCAUGCCAUGGCUCAUCCUCUUUUCCCCCAUGCUUUGUGCCCUAGUUUAUAAAGGAAUGAUGAUGAUUUAAAAAGUAGUUCUGUAUCUUCGAUAUCUUGGUCUUCCAGAACCCUCUGGUUGGGAAGGGGAUCAUCUUUUACUGGUUAUUUCCUUUGGAGUGUAGCUACUUUCACAGCUGGAAAGAACCUCAUUGGUCAUUGAAACAGCAGAAGCAUUGCAGCCCAGCGGCGCAGGGCCCUGUUCAGCAUCUGCUUUGGUUGGUCCGGUCGUUGUCACUGUCAUGCAGUGCCAUCGAGCUGGGAAGACUUGACUGCACACACAGCUUAUGUUUCACAGUGAUCGCAGCACACAGAUUGGUCACAUGAAAGGUGAUCAUUCUGGGGCACACAGGCCAUUUGCUAACAUGCCUCAUAUCAUGAUUAAUGCUUUGUUAGAACAAGGAAAAGACCCUUUAUUUUUAGUUAAGGCAGAAUACUGAAGAUACACUUUCCCAAUACAGAACAGAUUCUAUUCAAUAAAAACUAUAACGCAAUUUUGUUGUUGUUCUUUGACUCCAUUUCCUCUAGCUCCCAAUGGAUUAUUGGCCAUGUCUAUACAACUCUACAAAAUACCCAUCUUUGGAAACAUUUGGAAUUUUCACACUACAUAGGAGAAAGGUCCAGAAACAAUUUGGUUUUUGUUUUCAGCUCUUCAUUUGGGUGUUUGGCAUUGCCGACACAUCCACAGGUGGAGCAGAUGCCUGGUGAAAACACCUGUCUGCUUUCUAAGUCAGUGAGGUUGAGGUGAGAGGUUUGCCAGAGUUUGUCUACCUCUGGGAUAGAAAAGAUCAAACUAGAAGGCGCAAUGGAAUGGAAGCAUUGCAAAUAGUGCAUUUUCUGAGUUUUGUUUUAAAACGUUUUUUUUAAAAGUAAAAAAAAAAUGGUAAUAACAUGGCCAAUUUGUUACACAAAAUAACUUUCUGUGUAUAAAUUAUUCCUAAAAAAAAAAUUCUGUUUAUAUAAAAAAAAUCAGUAGAUGAAAAAUUUUCAAAAUGUUUUUGUAUAUUCUGUUGUAAGAAUUUAUUCCUGUUAUUGAGAUACACUCUGGAUUCUUUACAUUAUGAAAAAAAAAAAACUUUGUCUAUUUUGAAUUGCCGAAGCUAAGGCAAUUUUAGUUUCUCUUACUCUGCUUUUUUCUAGUAGUUAAAGUACUACAUGGUUUAAGUUAAAUAAAAGAAUUCUGUAUGCA